UUUAAACUUUAUUUUACAAGAAUAGAUUUGAUACAUCAAAAAGAUGGGACAUUAGAAUAUAAAGUUGUUACACCUAUUUUUUUAAUUUUUUGGUUGUAGCUUUAAAACCCAGUAUAAAGCAUGAUUGAUGAUUUAAAAGCGGUAGAAACAAAUUAAAACUAAAAUCAGCUCCUACAACCUAACUAAUCAUCCUUGAUGUAUCCAAAAUUCUCUAUUAAAAAAUUAUUUUGGUUAAAACAAAAUUGGUACAUAUAUUGGGUAUUUAAUAUUUUUUGUAAUCCCCUACUAUACUAAAAGAUAAACAUUUGUAAUAAAUAUGUUCACACUAAUUGACACAUAACAGCUUCACAGUCAUUUAAAAAUUAGAAUCAUGACGUGACAGUCUCACAAUUAUUUAAAAAUUUAUGUGUUCAUACACUAAUUUUUCUAUAGCGCAUACAAUUUAAUGUGUUCAUACACUAAUUUUUUAAUCAACUAAUUUUCAGUUUCUGGAUUUUUAACUUUUGUAUUAGUAAAUUGAAGUUCUCUUUGUGCAACUACUAAAUAAUAUCAUUGUUGAAAGAAAGAAAUUACAAAAUAAUUAAGAUUUGUAUCAAUUACAAUGUUGGAAUAAAAAUAUUUUUAGAAAUUGAAAGUUCCGCACCUUGCGAAAUUUGGCCAUGGUUGAGGCUUCGGUAUACAAAAGCAACAAAUAAUUGUGAUUGAUUAUGAAUUAAAAAAAAUUGAGAUGAAAAACACCACACACAAAGUCAAAUCUGUAGUUUAGCCAAGUAAUGUUUUUUACUGAGUUUUCAUAUCAAACUAAAAAUUUUAAAAUAAGCAUAUUGGUAGGAAAAAAAAAAAGAAAUCAAAAAGCUUUAAAAGAAAAGAAGAUCAUUCGCGAAAUCAAUUGAAAGACAUAAUUCAAAUGCCGAUUGAAGAGAUCAUAUUAUUUUCGACCCAACCCUAACUCCUUCAGUUCGAUUAUAUCUUGUUUUUAAUAUAUUUACCAAGAAUUGUUUUAUAAAAAAGUACACACUAUUAGUUGUAGAGUAUGUCAAUUUUACAACAUGUCCAACAAUAUUGACACGACAGACGCCCAACAAUAUGAUUUAAAAAUUAUCAAAGUAGUCACAAAUAAAUAUCUAGCAAUAACAAAAAGAAUGUUCAAAAUACUGAAAAUGUUCUCCAUUCAAAAAAUUAAAUUGAUUUAAUUUUAUGUAAAUUUAAGUAUUUAAUCUUACAUUAUUUAAAUAUUUAUGCUUUAUAUUAUUUUAUUUUUCAGAUUUUGAGGAAAUGAAUCCAAACGGAUUUUUGAAUGUUCAUUCCUAGAAAACACUAUACAACAAAUCUCUUAGUACAAUGUAAAACAAAUAAUCUAAUUAACUAUUUCACUCCACGCACGACACGAAUCCCUAGUAUCUAAUAUUUCUUAAAAAUAAUAUAUGUUUAUAGUCCAAGUAUAGUUAUAAAUAUAGAGUAUUUGUUUGACUUAGCAUUUAAGUAUAUGUUUCUUAUCAUGAAUUGGAGCAAAACAUUAAGCAAAUUUGUCUUUUUCCUUUGAACUUUCAUUAUUUUAUUAAUAUUUGUUUUGAAUUCAAUGCCAAGUGUCAACUUAACUUCAAAAGAAUCAUGUCAGAAUGGAGUGAAAAUUACGUGUCAUAGUCAAAACAUCAAAUAAAACUAUAACAAAACAAACUCAGAAAAUGUUCACUUUCAAUUAAUUUGUAACCGCUACUUAAAACUACCACAAAGCAUAAAAUCUAUGGUUAGAUAAGAUAGCUAAAUAUUUGCAUUCAUUGGCUCAAAAUAACCCUUUUACUUAAAUGCCACUUUCAUACGUGUGUAAAACGAGUAGGGUGACCUUAUAUCUACCAUUCAAUUUCACAUUCUUCUCCAUCACAAACCAGUCAUGUCAUCUCCAACACUAGACCAACUACACACUUACCAUGCCCAAGAAAGGGUGAUAUUCUCUAAACUGGUCCUACAAUUUUCAAGAUCACCAUCAGAAUCACUCCUUGUCAUGGCUACAUGGUUUUGGCUUGAAAACUUUGGUUUUGAAGACAUUUUUGCAACCAUCUUUCCUCUUCCAGAUCGACUCAUUGCAUCUUUUGCUAACGAAGCUGUCUCCUGCUUCCGAUGCAUCGAGUCCUCUGAUCCCCCAAAUGGCUUUGACCAAAUCCCUCUCACUUCACAAUAUUUUCAAAAUCAUGUCUCACUUCCCAUGAUUUACAAACAUCGAUACACCGCCAUUGCUGGUAUCAAAACCUUUCUAAACACCAUUUGUUCUAGAAUCUUUUCAGACAUCCUUGCACAAGUUCUUCCAUAUUCUUCACCACCAUAUUCCGUCCCCGGACUCCACCCAUCUCUGAUCAUACCUGGCUUCCCGCAUCCGACUUUCGGAAACAUCAAUGUCAUGCGACCUGAUCUAGUUGAUGGGGUUAACACCUUCAACAACAACAACUCGUUCCUCUUCCCAAAGGGUCUUUGGGAGUGGAACGAUCACUCCAUGGAAAGUGAGAAUGAUCGUACCAUGUUUAUAACAUUUUCUCGUGGCUUUCAUGUGUCGCAGGCCGAAGUUAAGGAGCUUUUCACCAACAUAUUUGGAGAAAAGUGUGUGGUAGGUGUUUACAUGCGAGAAGACUGCGUAAGUUCACCUAACAUAUUUGCAUGUAACAAUGAUCAGCAACAAUCACUAUUUGCUAAGUUGGUUUUGGACUCGGUGGUUACGGUGGAUCGUAUACUAGAAGGUGAGAAGCUACAAAAGUUUCGGAUCAAUGGUAAACACAUUUGGGCUCGUAAAUACAACGAGAAGAAGGACGGACGUACUUGCUUCACUUAAAAGUCGAAAGAAAAUCUAAUUUUUCUUUUGUUCAUCUUUAUCUUUAUGUUAUAAUUUAAUAAUAAGAAAACAUAUGUAAUGCCUUACGCCUAGCUCUUUUAUUUUGGACUUUUUCAUUAUGAAUGGAAUAUGUUUUCAC